AUGAUAAAAACUCUAAGUCUGACUUUCAAUUCUCUUGAAAUGGAAGAUGCAUAUAAGGAAUGGUGUUUCAAAAAGAAUUAGAAAAGAUACUAACUACUACUCUGUUUUAUAAUUGUUUAUUUGUCAGUGAUGAUUGCUUAAUUUAACAGCAUAAAGGCUCUAAUACCUUUGAUAAUCUCAUGUAUAAUACUAAGUUUAGAAAUAACAUUGUUAUUCUUCAUAAGAAAAUACCAGGAAAGAGUGGAAAUUAUUAUAACUUCCAACUAAAUAUUAUUGUGUUUAAUUUGUGAAUUUUACAGAUUAUUUGCAGAUAAAUCCAAUCAAUGGUAUAUAGGCUAUAGUUUGGCAUGUAUAAAAAUAUGUAAUUUUAAAUUUCAAAUUAGUAAUUUAUGUUCGAGGUAAUAAAUUUAUUAUGUAAACUGGUCUACAGAUCCUUUGUUAAUGUUGCUCAUUUAUUUAAGUUAGCAAUAUUCAAAUUUAUGAUAUGAUAACACAUAAUUUGAUAACUGUGCUUAUGAUUGCUUUUAGAUAUUCUAUUGAAUCAGGAAGCAGAUAAUAUUUUAUUACUCACUAAUCAUAAAAUUAAUAUGAAAAUAUUAUUUAAGAUUUACUUCCAUCUUGGGUUAUGAUUGUAAAAUUUGAUAAAAACUAAGGUUAAUUAUGUCUUGAUAAAAUCAAUAAGAAUAUGAGAUUAAAAUUAUAAAUAGAAGAUGAUAAAAGCUUUAGAGAUUUUUUAAGAAAAAUUAAAGCACUUCCAUUUGAAACAGAAAGAUAAAGUUUUCAAUCUAUCAAAUUAGAACAUACUCUAAUAAGAUUAUUAAAAUAACAAUAGGAUGAGCAUAUAGUUGAAAGAUAUUAUGCUGAGUUUGAUAAUACACAUGAAAAUAAGACUAAAUAAAUAAAAUUAAAGAUAACUCAAGUUUAUUUUAAAGGUUUUGAUCCUUCAAUAAUUUUACUCUUUGAAGAAUUAAAAGAAGAUAAAUAUGAAUCAUUAAUUUAAUAGAUAGAAUAGAGAGAUAAAUCUUCAUCUACCUAUGCAAGAAUAUCUCUUUAAAUUCUAACUCAGUAAAUUUAAUUGUUAAAGCUAAUCAAAAUGUAUUUAAGAAAAGAAAAGACUCUGUAAUACUCAACUAAUUUGUUAAAUUGUAUUAAUAAUUAGAUUUAAAAAGGAUAUAAUGUAUUCAAUUUAAACUUUGAUAUUUUAAAUCAAUUUAAAAUUUCACAUAGAUAAAUUAAAUUCGAAGCAAAUGAAAUUUAACCUUUAUUUCUUAUUGAAUAAUUAUGUGAAGACUUGUUGCUGAGUAAAAAUUAUAUAAAUUCUAAAAAGAAAUAAAUAUCAAUAAAUGAUGUAAUUAAAACAGAUAGGGCUAAAUUAAUUUCUAUAAUUAUAAAUUUAGUUGAAUUUAUUAAAAUAUUAUUGUCAAUAAUAUAUGGAGAUGAAAAAAUCUUAAGUUAAAGUGCUCCUUUUGAUUUGUAAAUAUAGAUCUCUUUGAAAUUUUCAAAAGUUUAUCCUAAUUGUAUAAAAAUUGGAUUACUUCAUCCUAAAUUGUUUCUCCAAGCUUCAAUUAAAGAUAUGUUUUAAAAUAUUGAAACUCCAAUUCACAAUAAAAAAAGAAAUUGGAAUUCAAAAAAUUAUUUUGGAAUGAUAAAUUAAUUAACUCAUGUAUAUUCACAAAUUUUUGAAAGUUAUAAGAAAGAUAAUAAUAAAUCUACAAGUUUUAUGGAAGAUGAAAUCGUUUCGCACAUUUAAAAACCAAGUUUAUGUCUAAGUUAAGAAUCAAGAAUACCUACUGUGUAAAAUCAUAUUCCAAAACAAUUUUAAUUUAAUAUUUUAGGAUAUCCUAUGGCAUAAUAUUUAAUAAGUUAAUUAGGUCCAUGCAAUAAAUUAUAAUUUAAGAAUAGGUUUAUAAAUUAUAAUGGUUUAACUAAUUUAUACAUGAAUUCUUAAUAAACUAAACUUUCCUUUUUUAUUUAUCAAGAUUUAAAUGAUUUUAUUUAUGAAUUAAACUAAACAGAAAAACCAAUUUUCGAAUUUUGCCAGAUAAAAAAAAUGUUUAAUCAUGAUAUUACAAAUAAAUAAUAUCCUUGUUCAUAAUUUGGAUAAAUUCAGGGUAGAUUUUGA